UAUUGUGUCACUUCCGCUUCUCUAUGUGUACGUUCGUUGUCUGCCGAUUGAAGUAAAGGCAAAGGGAAAAUGUCAGGUGCUGGGGGAGGAAAGCGUCCCAUGGGCGGGGACAGCCCCCCUGGCCCACCUGAGAAGAAAAGUAAAAAGGAGGAGAAGACCACUACCACUCUGAUUGAACCCAUUCGCAUUGCUGGUGUCUCCUCAACGGAGGAAAUGGACAUGAAGGUUAUCCAGUUCAAAAACAAAAAGCUCUGUGAGCGUUUGGAGCAGAGACAGGCAAUGGAGGAUGAGCUGCGAGAAAAAAUUGAGAAACUAGAGAAGCGACAGGCCACAGAUGACACAACUCUCCUUAUUGUCAAUCGUUACUGGUCACAGUUGGAAGAAAACAUGCAUAUUCUACGCAAACGCAUUGAACCAGUGCUGUCAGCUCCAUCAGCCUCUGCGCCAUUCUCAGCUCCACUCCCUGACUCAACUCCAAUGGAGGAAGAUGGCAUCAACAUGGUGUCACCAACUUCAUCUUCGUCUGUGCCUAUGCCUCCAUUGCCCGAAGGACAGGUUGUUGCAGAGCAGCCAGAGCCUCCAAGGGAUGAACACCAAGAGGAGAGUGUCCUGGAAGCACCGCAUCAACCUCCUCCUCCUGAAGGAACAGAAGAGCAAAUGGCAUCUACCGAGCAGCCACAAGCUACUGAUCCACUUCCACCUCCACCUCCUCCUCCCUUGAGUGAAAAUGCUAAAGUCUUCCUUAUAAUAUUGGAGCACAGCAGCGAGGAGGAGUUGUCACUUCAUCUUCAGGACCGUAUGAAGUUUAGCAAAGAUGUUGUUGGAAGCUUGGUGUCUGUCUUUGACAGACUACACAGUGGUAUUGAUGACAUGUGCAAGAAGCUUCGGGCCGAAGUAUGCCAAGAGGAUAACCAGACUGAAAUUAUAAAUACAAAUCAGAAGCUACAUGAGGAAUACAGUCGUCUGAGGGACAUUGCUACUCAGUUGCAAGGCCGACAUCACAAAAUGUCAAUGGAGUAUAAUGAGUUAGUAGAUAAAGUGACUAGUGCAGAGACCAAAGUGACUGAGAUGCAGACCACAGUAGAAGACUUACAGUGAUACAGAGAGCUGCGCAAUAGGGACAAAAAGCUCAACAAGCAUCUUGCAGAGGCAAUGGAGCAGCUUAAGUCUGGAUACAGUAGCACUGGCAGCUCUGGUGGGUUGCCUGGGGGCCAGAUCACUCUAAACAUUCAGAAGUUUGAAAGUCUCAAUGCAGAGCUAGAGCACUACCAGGAAUUGGCAAAUAGCCGAAUGGCAGAGUUGGAGAAGCUUCAGGUGGAGCUUCAAGAAGCAGUUCGGGAAAGUGAAAAACUCAAGAUGGACUUGCGCAAUAUUCCAGAGGAGGUUGUGAAGGAGACCACAGAAUACAAAUGUCUCCAGUCUCAGUUUUCGCUGUUAUACAAUGAAUCUCUUGGUGUGAAAACUCAGCUGGACGAGGCACGGGCCCUUCUGCUCACAGCAAAGAAUGCUCACCUUCGUCAGAUAGAGCACAUGGAGAGUGAUGAGCUGUCUCUUCAGAAGAAGUUACGGACUGAGGUUAUUCAGCUAGAGGACACCUUGGCCCAGGUGCGCAAAGAAUAUGAGAUGCUGCGUAUUGAGUUUGAACAGAAUUUAGCAGCAAAUGAACAAGCAGGACCAAUCAACAGAGAAAUGCGACAUUUAAUUAGCAGUCUGCAAAACCACAACAUGCAAUUGAAAGGUGACGUACAGCGCUUCAAAAGGAAACUGAAAGAAACACAAAUGGAGAUUAAUAAGUUGCGCUGCCAGAGUGGAGACACAGGGGUCCUCAUCCUCGAGGAAAGCACAUCUGACAGCAUUGAUGUCAAGAAGGAGGAAGAAGAAGACCAGGAGGAAGAGGAAGAACGAAGGAAGGAGCUGGAGCGGCAACAGGCUCGAGAUAGGGAGAGAGCGAGAGAGGUUGAGCGAGAACGCGAACGAGAGAGGGAGAGAGAGAGGCAGCGCAGUGAUGAACUCAAGAGGAACUCUGACACUCUGAAGAUGCUCCGAGUGGAUCUCAAAAAAGCCCAAGAGUCCCAGAAAGAGAUGAAGCUCUUAUUGGACAUGUACAAAUCUGCCCCAAAGGAGCAGAGAGACAAAGUGCAGCUGAUGGCAGCUGAACGCAAGUCCAAAGCAGAGGUGGAGGAGUUAAGGAUGCGGGUGCGAGAGCUUGAAGAAAGGGAGAGAAAGGAGAGUAAAAAGUUAGCUGACGAAGAUGCACUGAGGAAGAUCAGAGUGGCUGAAGAGAUGAUUGAGCAUCUGCAAAAGAAACUGGCUGCUACUAAACAGGAGGAAGAGAAUCUUUUGAGUGAGAUGGAUGUCACAGGCCAGGCCUUCGAGGACAUGCAGGAGCAGAACAGCCGGCUCCUGCAGCAGCUCCGGGAAAAGGACGAUGCAAACUUCAAACUAAUGAGUGAGCGAAUCAAAUCAAACCAAAUCUAUAAGUUACUUAAGGAGGAGAAGGAGGAGCUGGCCGACCAAGUCCUCACUUUCAAAACCCAGGUGGACGCACAGCUGCUUGUGGUGCAGAAGCUUGAAGAGAAAGAGGGCGUUCUUCAGAGCACACUGGCUGCUCUGGAGAAGGAGCUGGCCGUGCGAACACAGGCACUGGAACUCAACAAGAGGAAGGCUGUAGAGGCUGCUCAGCUGGCAGAAGACCUGAAGGUGCAGCUGGAGCACACUCAAGCCAAGCUCAAAGAGAUCCAGGUGUCUGUGGCAGAGAACCGCACAGCUCGUGAGAGGGAGAGCAGCAACCUCAAGCGUGCACAGGAGGAUCUGUCCAGGCUGAGGCGGAAGCUGGAGAAACAGAAGAAGGUGGAGGUGUACUCUGAUGCGGAUGAGAUUUUACAAGAGGAGAUUAACCAGUAUAAGGCCAAGCUGAGAUGCCCCUGCUGCAACAUGCGAGACAAAGAGACCGUGCUAACAAAAUGUUUUCACGUUUUCUGCUACGAAUGUCUCAAGAUGCGCUACGACACGCGUCAGAGGAAGUGCCCAAAGUGCAACUGUGCCUUCGGAGCCAAUGACUUUCACCGCAUCUACAUCACCUAAAGCAAACGGGGUAAACAAAAGGACUUCAAAAGUGUGGAGAGAACCAAAAGACAGAAACACACAAACUGAAAUGUGACAGCUCCUGGAUGCCCUGUGUUUCUGCUGAAAGACUUCAUGUGCUGCAUCAUUACCAGUCUAUGAAUAAUAUCGUGACCAAACCGAUAGUGACACAUUGAAGAGUUUUGUGCUGUUAAGAGUGUAGUGAAUAAACAGUUGUUUGUAACAUAUGGAUGCAUUUCCACACA